GUCAAUACUAUAUUAACACAAAAGAUAUGACACCGACAUAGAUGUAUGUCAAGGUACAAGAAGGUACGUGCUGCACAAAGAGCGUUACAUUUCAGUUAGAGUGGAACGUUUAUAGUAUAACUUGAAAUACACAUUUUGAUGUAAGGUUUGGGAUGUUAUUCAUUGGAUUAACUGUGUACCUAAUUUACUGUUAAACAGAUCGUUCUAGAAAAUAUGUGGAUCUCGCUGACUGGCUUUACUACCACUACUUUUACUAGGGAUUUACGUCCGCUUCCACAUGGGGUGUUACCGUCUAACAGUACAAUUCCUUUGUUGUGUUGAAGAAAAUACAUUACGACGUAGGAGGAUUACAGGUCAGGAAGGUCAAAGGUUAUACGUACAGUUAAAGAUCCUACAUAUCAACUGUCUUUCGAUUUGAAGCAGGCAGUCAAAUGUGUGUUAAUAGAAAUGUCGUCAACACGACCCAUGUUUGAUACAAAAAGUAACGACACCAAAAGAUACAACAAAAACAGUAAGACUUGUUCAAUAAUCCAUUGAAUGGAUAUACAGUACAUAUUUGUUAAACAUAACUAUAUUUGGGACACCAUGGACCUCUAUAUGUUUUACGGAUAUGUAUAAAUAGCAAGGACAUUUGAUCUACAAAAUAAUCUACUAGCUAAAAUAACCUGAAAUAAUAUGUUUAACUGUUAGCCUAACUAUGUGGUGCGUUUUCUUACGUAACUUUGUAACAUGUACUUGUAACUUGAUAAAUAUAUAAAGAUGACAGCCCAAGUUUUUAGGACUCUAUUAAGUAUUUAUUAUUUUAUUUGUAUUGUACUAUACGUGAAAUGUCAAAUGGAAAUAUUACAAUAUUGCAAACCUCGUGUUCUGGCUGAAGAGGGGGACGUAAACAUAGCCGCCAUCAUUGCCAUUCAUGAAACAGGAAGUAAUAACUGUGGAAAGGUUUCAGAAACUGAUUUCCAAAUCGCAGCAGCCAUUCGAUGGACAAUAAACACACUAAAUGGAAAUAACAAUUCACGGGCAUCUUUUAUCCCUGGUGUCAAAAUAGGGUAUCAAAUCUACGAUGAUUGUGGACUUGAAAUGUUGUCAAAUAAACAUCUGACUGAUAUAAUACAUGUUAAUGAAGCAGAAGAUUGUAUACAACCACCUACUCCAGCAGUGUCCUCCACCCCUCUUCUAGGGAUUAUUGGUACAUCAAUAAGUCAAACUACAUCAUCAAUAUCACGGUUAUUAGAACAUACCAAAAUACCAGUAGUCGGAAUAGCAGCCACGUUACCAGAACUAAGCAAUAAAACGCUUUAUCCAAAUUUUGUCCGAGCAAUACCAUCGGAUACAAUUCAGAGCAAGGUGAUACUUGAUAUGGUAAAGAAAUUGGACUGGUCAUAUAUAGUUGGAAUCCGCACAGAUGACAACUAUGGCAGGGAAGGUUUCCGGGAAUUUAGUAAAAUGGCAAAGCAGGCUGGAAUAUGCAUAAGUGACAUCCUGAUAUUACGUAGAGGCGAUUCCAACAUGAUUAAUGUUAUUGAAACGUUUAUCAGAGGUUUAAUAUCUCAAAUAAAUGUCACUGUUGGGAAUAAUUUUGGUGUCGUGUAUUUCGGGCAUGCAUCUGAAGCUAACUCUAUUUUCAACACAGUGAGAUUGCGGAGUUCUAGGUGGCAUAAUCCUGGUCGAUUCAACAGCAUACAGUGGAUUAUGAGUGAUGGAGUAGGUACCAGUCUUUCAGUGGCAGCUGCCCAUAAAAUACAUAGGAAUUUACUUUUAAGUGUAGCAAGAACUAAUCUGGAGCUUUCAGAAAUACGAGAUGGAUUUUUGGACCUUGUGUCCGUAACUAAAUUUCCAAACUUAACAACAGAAUGGAAAACUACCAUUGAAGAAUACGUAAGAUCUGUAUACAAGUGUGAAUUUAGUCCAUCAACAACAUUAGCCUUAUGUACGGAUGAACACAUAAGUAAAAACUACCACCCAUACAGCUACAUUUCAUCGGCUCUUGACGCAAUUUACAUUUUAGCAACAGCAUUAAAAGCUGCACAAAAACAGUUGUGUCCGAAUCAAAUUGGCAUAUGCGUAGCUCUGCGUUCUGCGCUUGAUAAUAAUAUCUUGGAAAAUUAUAAACCAUCUAUUAUAAAUUACAGUACAAUCGGUAAAAACUUUGUUCCUUCACUAUUUUUCACAAGUAGGUCGCUAAUUAAGGAUUUGAAUGGGGAUUUCAAAAUUAGUGGAGAACCUUUAUAUGAUAUCAACAUUGCUGAGACAGGACAGGAAGUAUUCUCAAAGGUUGGUUAUUAUGAAGAUGGCGUAUUAAACAUGUCUGCUUUGACAAAUAAAUGGACCUUACCCACACAGUCCAGGUGCAAGACGAUCUGUGAUAAAUGUCUAUAUAACGAAGAUCUAUCAUAUGUUUAUAUUCCUGGUGAUGUACUAAUACUUGGAUUAUUUCCUGUUCAUGAUCCAGGGAAUGGAUAUGGGUGUGGUGGAUACAGAAGUACUGGAACAUCAUUUGUAUCUUUGUUGGCCUUUCUAAGCACCUUGGCAGAUUUAAAAACAAAAACUGGCAUAAAUUUUGGAGGAAUCGUACUUGACGACUGUUACAACCCACUGCGAGCUACGAAUUUGCUCAAUAUGGUAUUCAGUAGAAAAAAGGUAUUGGUCGAUAAAAUCAGCGGUACUCCCAUAGACAUAAGCAAGAUUAUUGCUGUAGUGGGGGCCCAAUCGAGCAAUCUGGCCGUUAGUAUUCUUCCCACAUUAAGCAAUCUUGCUAUCCCAUUAAUAUCUUACAGCGCAACUUCUCCAGACCUAGAUGAUAGAAUAAAUUAUCCGUAUUUUUUGCGGACAGUCCCAAGCGACGCCUUGCAGGUGGAGGCCAUUCUUAAUGUGGUAAAAAAACUAAACGUAUCUCAUGUGAGUGUUAUUAAUGUGAAUAACAAUUACGGACGAAAGGCUGUCGCACUAUUUAAACGUUUAGCUGAGAAUAGUGGAAUAUGUGUAGAAAAUUCAUUAGAAUUGGCGGAGAAUGAACUGUCGUGGGAAUUGACCAAAACAGUAAAUAGUCUGGAAAGCAACCAAGCACGUUACGUAGUUUUCUUUGGACUUAACUCUAUUGCCAUAAAUCUACUAAAUGCCAUCGGUAACACCCCCGCGCCUGUGAUAUUUAUCGCCAGUGAAACAUGGGGAAGAAAUGUUAAUGUUAUUGAAGGAGGGCGAGGGAUGCCAUCUCGAGGAUCUCUUACCCUCAGUGUCCAAACUUCAGCAGUUGCAGACAACACUUUUCGCGAAUAUUUGGGUAGUUUAAGACAAGAAAACCAAUCUUAUAUCCCAUGGAUAAAUUCAUUUUGGCAAUCAACAUUCCAGUGUAACAUUCCUAGUGGUUUUGACAACAGGUACGGGUCGGAUUGUUCUUCAAACUUAAAAUUGAAUGAUGCUACAAUUACACAGUUUGUGCAGGAUCAACGAGUUGUUCAGACUAUCAAUGCAGUGACGGCUGCUGGAAUAGGAUACAGGAAUGCUAUUCAGGAUUCUUGCAGUGUUAUAGAUAUUACAAAAUGCGCCACCUACAUUGACAGUAUUAAGUCCGCGUCAGUUUUGUCCACAACUGGGAGAUCCUUCGGUAUAUUUGACCAAGACAGCAAUGGUAAUUUUGGAUUCAUUGUGAAUAAUAUACAGAGGCACUCUGACGGGUCUUACGCCUAUGUAAAGGUUGGAAGUUUUGGUACUCCGGGAUUGGAAUUAGACGUGUCAAAUCUCCUGUUUUACGGAGAAAUUGGCACUUUUAUCCCUGUUCCGGAAUCGUCAUGUAGGUUUAUACCUCAUUGUACUGUUUGUUUAUGGAAAGAUCCUACACGGUCAGUGGUUAACACAAUUCCCCCAGAUACCACUAAGGAAACCCCUAACAACAACUCUGAUAAUUCAUUGACGCCAGUGGUCGCUGUUCUCGCGGUUUUAGUGACAAUACUUAUGAUUUUUCUUGGUGUCGUCAUCUUUCUUAUUCUCAGAAACAAUGUUUUAAAGAAGGGCAAAUCUGAAUCGACAGCUAGAGAACCCCCUUCCCAUAUCUAUGACACAGCAACAGAAUCACUCCAGAGACGACCGAGUCAAGGUAUUAGUUUACACGAACUUCCCAGAUGUCGUUCUUCUAGCCAAGUUUUACAGGAAAGCAGUGACUCAUCUGGCGUAGUUACUAGCCGGGAAAAUGAUUCGGAUGAUCAGGGCCCAGACGUUCCCACAACUUAUCUCUCAUUCGUAAACGGAAACCCCGAGAUUAUAUCGGUUAUAUCAGGCACCAGCCAUUACCAAACUUCAGCUUUCAAACCGGAUAGCGACCCUAGCUACCUCCACGCUGUUCAAUUGGCAUCCCCAGAAUACAUACCGCCUCGAUCAAAUGGAAUCACCUACCAACAGAGACCACCAAUGUCACUGUCAGAGUCGAAUUCAAGUCUCAAACCGUCGAGCUCACCUUUCAUAUCAUCAUCAUCAUCAAAUGCUCUGUUAUUUCAAAAUCCAAAUAUACAAUCACAUCGUCGAUCCUCGCCUAAUGCUACAUCACCAAAUGCUCUGUUGUUUCAAAGUUCUAAUAUACAAUCAAAUGUUCGCUCAUUGGCCUCGCCAACAAUGAACUUGCCAUUAUCAAAUGCUCUGAUCGUUAAUAAUUUAAAUUCACAGCCGGAAAGUCACCCUUCGUCCAAAGAGGUAAAUAACACCCAAUCAUUAAGGCCAUUGGUCUUUAUGGAUCCAAACACGAAUCAACAGCAGCGUGUACCAUACACCAGAACGUUAUCAUAUGUAACUGGAGAACAAAUAAACCCCCAUCCACAAGCUUGCAGACAAGAAGAUUGGGAAAAUUAUGUUUAGCAAAUUCCGUGACUGUAUGCGCUUCUUCUGUAAUGGAAUGUAUACGAUUUUCGUGAGGUCGCUAUGAAUUAUUUAUAUAAGUGUCUGGUUUUAUGACCUUAAAAUAUAGAACUGUGUAUGGGGAGAAUAAUUGUUGCGAGUUUGAUGUGGCACUGGUUUUGUGACACUUUAAAUAUAGAACUGAAUCCUGGGUGAACAAUUGUUGCGCGUUUGAUGUGGCACGUACGGGUUU